AAACAUUGACACGUUACUAAAUCGUUUUCUUUUAGAAGAUUGGCUAGUAUUACUUACAAGUAAUUAGUUUAUGCUGACGCGUGUGCUGAGCAAAGGUUUAGACCAAGAUUGGUAAGAAUCUGAGACCUUCCGUAAUCAUGGUAAUACCUAUCGCUGCACCCGCACACACACGCGGCGAGAGAUCUGAAUCUGAGAGUCAUGUGAGAGAGUCUCCAUCCCCCCUUGCCUUAGCACUACUCCAGUGAUAGCAAUUACUGUUUUAAAAAUAGCUUAUGUCGAUCUAACGUUAGCAGCCUCCAUCUUGGACCUUUCGCUAACUAACUGGAGGAAUUUGUUCUGAAAUUUGUGAACUAACUUCAAGUGGUGCUGCCAACGCUGAUUAUUUUGCAAUCUCGCACACGCCCAGGCCAGGCGUUGUUCAUUGCCGUGCCGGCUGGGUAGAAGGGUCCGUGUGAAAGCCCAGCGACGUUUGGCCAUCCUUGAUCAGUGUCACGGUUGUCGUGAAGUCUAGUGCAUGUACUGCAAUAGACGACGAUGAGCAGUAUAAACCCAGGCGCAGGCGGCGGUGCCAAGCCCAGACGAUCGCUCCCAAACGCUGAUGGUGAUGUAGAUGCAGAUGCCACGACAGCAGCAGCAGAACCCGGUCCCAAUCAAGAACUUCAAGAUCAAACUGCCAGAAUGCGCAUGCAAGUGGAGACGCUGAGGAAGAAAUGCGCGGAACUUCAAAAGAUCAACCUGGAAUUGCAAGAGGAGUCGCAGAAGAUACGUGUGGAAAGUGGUGAGCUGAUGUCGUACAUUCAGAAGAAGACACAGCGCCGGCAGUCAAUGGUGGUGACAUUGAAUGACAAGAACAUGAAAGAGCUAGCAGACAUUGCUGAGUCCAAGACACAGAUGAUAGAGGAAUUCUAUAUGAAAGAAGCCGCGAUACGAGCUUCAAUCAUGGCCAAGGAGUCAACACUGUCCGACGUCCGAAAAGAGAUGGAUGAACUCAACUACUUGAGGGUGUUAAGAGACCACCAAGCUAAGGAGAUCAAGGAUUUGGAGGCUGAAGUGGAAGCUGUCAAGCUGGGAAACAAGGAGCAGCAGCAUGACAUGAAGCAUGCGUACUUGCAGAAGAGGAAAGUCUUCGAGGACGAGGCCGAAGAGAAAAUCACGAAAAUGAAGCAGGAGGCGAAGCAGGAUGCUCAGAGACGAGUGCAGGAGCACAUAGUGCGGGUGAAACGUGAGAACGAGGCCCUACGUGCCAAGAUCAACGACCUCUCCGACGACUGCAAGGGCUUUGAGAAGUCGCGCGUCAAGUUUCUCCAGGAUAUUGGCGAGCUGGAAGCGGAGAAGCGCUCUCAAGAACGAAUCAAUCAGUUUCGCUACGGAACACCCAAGAGUUCAGCCAAGCCGCAGAACGCAGCAUCGAGCGUUCAGGAGCGGUUAUCGUUCACACAGUUUGUUCCCGACCGUCGCACAUUCCCGUCGGAUGGCAUUCCCCGUGCGCCUAUUCUCUCAGCCUUGCCCAGCAGUACCCGCCACAGCCGGCGCUCAUCGGGAGCUGCUCGCAAGAGGAACUACUGAUGAUGGUAUGGUCAUACAGUCACGUGUUAUUGCUGGUAUUGCGUGAUCGUUGAUCAUGUGAUGUGCGUGAUGUCGUCGCUACAUGCUCACUGAGUGGUCACAUGACAUGAUGUCAUCAGUCUGUAGUCACGUGAUCACAUGACAUGAUGUCAUCAUCAGUGUAUGGUUUCUGUGAUCAGACGGGAUGAUGUCAUCAGUAUUAUUAUACUCACCGUGGUCACGUGAAAUGUCAACAGUUGUAGUCAGGUGAUAACUUGAGGAACUGUCACUGCCGCUGUGACUCACAUGGAUUCUUCAUUGACCCAGCCUGAUCACAUGAUCAUACUACAUGUAUAGACACGACAUCAGAUCAUAUGAUCAGAAUAUUAGCAUGACAUCAUAAUUUGAUCACAUGAUCAGACUAUACUCGUUACACCAUAACUGGGUUUAUAGUUUAUACGCAUGACGUCAUAAUCAGAUCACAUGAUCAUGUGGAUAUGUGGAUAUUCAGAACAUCUCAAGAGCAUGUGUACUGUCAAAGAUAUUUUGCAAAGAGAGCGCAUGCUUACAGCUGUGCACACAUACGUUGACUGCCGGCGUGUUGUUCACUUUCUGAUGGGGCUGCAUCGGUUCUGAACGUCAUUCAUUGCCGCCACCUCUGUCUCAGUUCACAGCGCUGACCAUCGUUCCACCUAAUCAUGCGUACGUUAUAGUGAAUACUUCCGCUGUAGGAUACCAGUACUACUACUCUUCAACAAUCCCCCCCCCCCCCCCUCCCAACACACACACACACGCACACACACAGUUUUGCAAUGGACUGAACAAUACUCAACAGCGUCACCUGUUCAUCACCUAUCAUAUUCUUUACUAUACCUGGAACUACUGUAUGUGCAACUGUAUGUGCAAUGUGCAUCGAAUUUUUACUUUAUCACUAUUCUACUAAUUAAUGAAACUUG